GAUACGUACCUAAUAUUUUUGAUUUUUACAGACAUUUUUUCCUGCUUUGCCUAUUUGUCUGAAACUGAAAAUAAACAAAUAAUUAAAUGGAAAUAUGGUUGCAAUUUCCUAAUUAAUAAUGCUAACUAAUCUAUUAAAUAUAUACUAAUCGAGACACGGUUCGUGCCUGUAUAAGUGCUAGUGAAUUGUAUUCAAAAAUGUCGGUACCGCGUCCGCCAGUAGAUUAUACCUUGCCUCCUCCAAAUCUAAACCGGCCGCCACCUGUGCCAGCGAUACCUGGUGGUCCAUCGCCACAGCUAUUUACCCACCCCCCUCCGUUUCCACUUCCAACGCCGCCACCGCCUCCACCGCCACCUAAAAAAACAAAUUUUUCAACAUCAAUGCUGCCUCCUAUGGACGUUCCUCCACCUUCAAUAACAUUCUCAGCACCGCCUGUUCCUCCGCCCGUCGCUCCCCAUUACCCUCCCCCUCCUAUUCCCGCGGAGUAUUCUUACCACUCCAGACCACCUACUUAUGUGGAUUCAUCCCUAAGAGAAAAGUUGAAGUAUGAUGUAAAUAGUUCUAGUCCAUCAAGUGGAAAGUCGUCAAGUCUAUCCCACCAAAGUCUUAAAGAUUUAGAAUCUGACACAACUUCUGAGGCCGCAUCAACUUCUAGAUAUCAUGGGCCAAGAUAUUCUCCACAUAGAGAAAGAGAAUAUGAUAGAUAUAGAAGAGAGAAGGAGAGGGAGAGAGAUAGGUACAGAAUAGAAUCAAAAUACAGGGAUUAUAGAUCUCGAAGCCCUAGUUGCAGCAGUAGAAGUCGAAGUAGUAGGAGUCCGUCUUGGCAAAGCCAUAGAGGAAGGGAUAUGGAGAGAUAUGAGAGAGAACGGUACGAAUAUGAAAGAAGACGUGAAUAUGAGAGGAGACAUAGCUCUUCUCGAUAUAGGGAUUACAGGAGUUCAAGUCACUAUGAUCCCCAUGAUGAGAGGUCUCAUAGAUCACAUAGUCACAGCUACUCUUCUAGUCGAGAUUCUCAUAGCAGGAGUCGCACUAGAGAACCCUCCCCAAGAUCUAGGCAUGUGUCCAUGUCUCGGAGGUCAAUGAGUGAACGAGGAUCAAUGCCUCGGAAAACAAUGACUGAUCGUGAAAAGAUUCUUGAGGAAUAUAGGAAGAACUUUUGUAAGACAUCUGAGGAUUUUAUAGAGAAAAUGGAACAAUGGUCAAAGGAGCACAAUUCUGAUGAAGAAGAGCAAGUUUCCAAGAUGUGGUACAGAAGUUCUCCAGCAGAACUGUAUUAUAAAGCGGGUGAAGACGGCAGCAUGCGACAAACCAGUAAACUGGAGAAACUGUGUGAGACAGGGUUCAAGGUUCUCAUCGAGAGGGGCAGGAACGCCAGGCCUGAAGUGGACGAGCUACCUCCCCUAAAGCCACCAAAGACUAAGAUGUGCAAGCAUAGAUUGGAGGAAAGAAGUUCUUCAUCGUCCGAGAGUGAUGAGUGUUUGGACGAGGAUGGCCUGCAAGGUUACACUGACAGAAUCAUGUUGGAGCUGCAGCGCAAGCAAAGUCAUCCCAGGAGGCUGCAUCCGGAGAUGUGGUUCAAUAACACAGGCGAGAUGAACGGCGGCCCACUGUGUCGCUGCAGCGCCCGCGCCCGCCGUCACGGCAUGAGGCACGGUGUGUACGCGGGGGAACAAGUCUUCCCCAAGUGUGACCCACUCAGCAGCAACCUGCGUCAGCUCUACCAUUACCGAAUCACAGUGUCGCCUCCUACCAACUUUCUGAUAAAAUCUCCCACAAUCAUAGCUCACGACGAGCACGAGUUCCUAUUCUCUGGCUUCUCGAUGUUCUCUCACUACAAACUGGCGAAACUCCCUACGUGCAAGGUCAUAAGGUUCAAUAUAGAGUACACGAUAUUGUAUGUAGAAGAGCCGGCGCCGCAGAACUUUACUGUUAAAGAGCUGGAUAUAUUUGAGGAAUAUCUGUUCCACGAGCUGCUGGAGCUGGUGGACUUGGACCUCGGCAAGGGCUCGGAGACCAGCUGCUCCCAGUUCCACUUCAUGCCGCGGUUCGUGCGCUUCCUGCCCGAGGGGGGCUGCGAGGUUUUGUCGAUGUGCGAAGUGAUAAAAUACUUAAUAGACGAGAGUGGGCUGCUCAUUCCACCGGAGACAUUGGAUGACGUGCACGGCAUGGACCACUACACGUGGCAGAAGUUUGUUGAUCGGAUCAAAGGCAUGAUAGUGACGUACCCGGGCAAGAAGCCGUGCUCAGUGCGCGUGGACCAGCUGGACCGCAGCGCGGCCGCGGCCGCGCACUUCCCGGAGAUCGUGCACUUCGGCAUCCGUCCGCCCCAGCUCAGCUACGCCGGGAACCCCGAAUACCAAAAAGCCUGGCGCUACUACGUGAAGUACCGCCAUUUGAUCGCGAACAUGGCCAAGCCGUCGUACAAGGAGCGCCAGAAGCUGUCGGCCAAGGAGGCCAAGCUGCAGGAGAUGCGCACGCAGACCAAGAUGAAGAGGGACGUGACCGUCGCCAUCUCCUCGCGCGGGUUCCACACCACGGGGCUCAUGUGCGACGUCGUGCAACACGCGAUGUUAAUCCCCGUGUUAGUCCGCCAUCUUCGCUUCCACAAAUCUCUGGACAGCUUGGAACAGAAGAUCAACUACGUGUUCAAACAGCGUUUGUUACUUCAAACGGCAUUGACCCACCCUUCUUAUAGAGAAAACUUUGGAACCAAUCCUGACCACGCGCGGAACAGUUUGACCAAUUGUGGGAUCAGGCAGCCAGAGUACGGAGACAGGAGGAUUCAUUAUACGAGGAAGAAGGGCAUAGUGACGCUAAUAAGCAUAAUGUCCCGGUUCGGCAAGCACAGCGAGACGGAGUCGGAGAUCAAACAUAACGAGCGCCUGGAGUUCCUGGGGGAUGCGGUAGUGGAGUUCCUGUCGUCCAUACACCUGUUCCGCAUGUUCCCGGGGCUGGCCGAGGGCGGGCUGGCCACCUACAGGGCCAGCAUUGUGCAGAACCAGCAUUUGGCGCAACUGGCUAAGAACAUCGAGUUGGAGCAGUUUAUGCUGUACGCGCACGGGUCGGACCUGUGCAGGGAAGUGGUGAUGCGGCACGCGAUGGCCAACUGCUUCGAGGCGCUCAUGGGGGCGCUGUUCCUGGACGCGGGGCUUCAGGUGGCGGACCGCGUAUUUUCCCUGGCUCUGUGGUACAGCGAGCCAGAUCUCUUGGAAGUGUGGACCAAGGAGCGACAGCAUCCUUUGCAGGAGCAGGAGCCUCUCGGCGACAGGAAAUACAUCAAGGACUUUGACUUUCUACGCAGACUCACGGAGUUCGAGGAAUCUAUCGGCGUGCAGUUCAAACACAUACGCCUAUUGGCUCGAGCGUUCACAGACAGAUCGGUCGGGUUCACACACCUGACUCUGGGUUCCAACCAGCGGCUGGAGUUCCUCGGGGACACGGUGCUGCAGCUGGUGGUCUCCGACCGGCUCUACCGCCACUUCCCGGACCACCACGAGGGGCAUCUGUCACUCCUCCGUUCGUCGCUCGUCAACAACAGAACACAAGCCAUGGUGUGCGACGAUCUGAACAUGUCCGCUUACGCGAUAUACAACAAUCCUAAAGCGAAGCCGACCACUAAGAAACACAAGGCUGAUUUGUUGGAGGCUUUCCUCGGCGCACUGUUCAUUGAUAAGAACCUAGAAUAUUGCCAGGCGUUCUGCAACGCGUGCCUGUUCCCGCGGCUGCAGCAGUUCAUCAUGAACCAGGACUGGAACGACCCCAAGUCCAAGCUGCAGCAGUGCUGCCUCACGCUGCGCUCCAUGGAGGGCGGCGAGCCAGAUAUACCUCUAUACAAGGUGAUCAAAUGCCUGGGCCCCACGAACACCCGCGUGUACGAGGUGGGCGUGUACUUCCGCGGCAGUCGGCUGGCGGCCGCGCGCGGCCACUCCAUACAGGAGGCCGAGAUGAAUGCGGCGGAGGAGGCGCUCAAAUGUGCGCAUGAACUAUUCCCCCAACUGGACCACCAGAAGCGCGUCAUCGCAAAGAGCAUGCGCAGGAAAAGUCGCCGCGACGGACGCGGGAGCCCCUCCGAAAAUCGACGGUCGCGGAAACAAGAAGAAAAGGUUCCAAAAGCCUACAGAGUGCACGCCCAACAAACAGACAGCGAAAGUAGUUUGUCUCUUUCUUUAUCCGAAGAAGAAGGACAGAGGUCGGACGACUCGUCCAAGUCGGAAGACGACUCGGGACUUGACAGUGACACUGAGAAUAUUCCCGAUGUGAAAGUCAGCUCGCUACUCAGUGAUAUGGAGAGGUUAAAAGAAGAUCUGAUUAAGAGGAAUGAGUACGAAAAAUUGAAAGAGAAAUGUAGGAUUGAUUCCGAUGACGAUUAACUUGCAUGAUAUGAAAUAUUGUAAAUUACAAAUAAUCUAACGAUAAAUGUGUCCUCUGGUUGGCAAUCAAUUGUUUGUGCGUUCGAUCGUCAAUGAAUUUCAUCGAGCAAUGAAGUAUUAAUUUGAAAAUGCUUGUAAAUUAUUAUUCUCGUCGUUCAUAAACUUGUAUUCGCGGAAUACGUGGGGUCUUUAUAAAUGUACGUACUCGUGUAUGCUAUCAUCUUAUAUUCUUCCUAAGACAACUUGACAAUUUGCUAUGAAAGUGAAUGGAAAUAUUUAUUAUGGAUCGUAUUAACUUUUAAUUUUGUUGUAUAUAAGCAUAAAUGUAGGAAAUCGAACUGAUUCCCAAUAUGACUAAUGUAAGCUAAAUGUAAUUGUGAAACGAUAAAAUCCUAAAAGUAGACUGCGAAAUGGAUUGUCGGUUGAGUGAUAUGUUGUUAAUAAAAUAAAGGAUUAGACCAAAGCAAAUGUGGAAAUUCAGGUCCAACACUGACUGUGAAACCAACUGCAACUAUCCAACCAUUUCGAAAUUGCUUUGAAUUGCAGGUUUUAAAAUAUAUUCGUUGUACACGCUCUUUAACUUAUUUUUGAAAAUAAUAAUGAGGAAAAAACUCUUGAAUCGAGCGAGAAUUGAACCCGCUUCCGGAACAGUGCUUUUUACCACUGAGCUAUCGAGACAUGCCAAUUCGGCUGAAUUAAUUCAUUCUUUACGUCUUACGCCGAAGUACAGUAUUUUCAUUAGAGAGUAGUAGGUAAAUAGUCGCGUCUCAAACACAAAGAAAACUAAAGACGACGAGCUAGCUAGGGUAUUCAACAUCCCGACACAUUAUACAAAGCGUUAUUAAACCGAGCACGCGGUGAGGGACAAAACAUAUUAGCGCACUGUUCCGUUUAUGUGUUUAUAAUAGUACGCAUUUUUUGUAUGAGCGAAAGCAAAGAUAUCGACGAAAUCUAUAGCAUUCUCUGUCUAUGAUUUAACUUGAAUUUGCAGUUACAUUUGACAGUUUGUUUUGGACCUUAAUCCGUGUAUAAAAAAUAGUCGAAUUAAUGGAAUCGUAUAUAAAUAUAUGUAUGUGUAA